AUGACCCAGUCUCCCUCUUUACCACAGUUAACCCCCCAGCUUUGCUUCUCAACUUCCGCGCUACGAGAUUUCCUCCGCUUAUCUCGAAGCUCUAUCGACGACACAAUAAACCAAAAUUUAAAUGCGCUAGAGACGCCUGCCAAGGCGGGGUUUGAUCCAACAUCAACCUCCCGGCUUUCCGCACGACCUUUUUCGCAUCAAAUCGAAGCGACGGCGUGUAAUUCAUUCAAAGAUAAUGUACUUUUCCCAUCGUGGCAGCUUAGGUCCGAUAUCUUGAGCUAUUGCUCCCUGGUAGCCACGAGCCCGGACCCGGACGAUCCGGAAAGAUCACUACGGGAGGCGGAGAACGAAAGGAAUCGUGAACGGGUCGUUGACGAGCGACUCGAUCCGUAUUCGGGACGCUUCACCCCACGAGAAGCCCGAACGGAGCAACUGGCCCUUGUUCUUCGACAGGAGAUGGGGGCUAACCUCUUUCGUACCGUCAUCCGCUACUAUGAGGACAAGCAAUACAAACGCGGCCUCAAGGCUGCUGAGCAGAUUCUCAAGAAGAAUCCUAAGCACGGGGACACAAUGUCGAUGAAGGCCUUGAUUCUUAACGCCCAGGGCAAGACCGAGGAGGCUUUCGCUCUCGCCAAAGACGCAUUGACGAUUGAUAUGAAGUCGUACAUCUGCUGGCAUGUAUACGGCAUCCUCUACCGCACGAACAAGAACUUCGACGAGGCCAUCAAGGCCUACAAGUUCGCCUUGAAGCUUGAGCCUGAGUCGCACCAGAUCCAGCGUGAUCUGGCCGUCCUCCAGGUGCAAAUGCGCGACUAUGCUGGAUACCUCCAGAGCAGAUUCGUCAUGCUCAAGGCGCGGCCGCAGCUGCGCCAGAACUGGACCGCUCUAGCCAUCGCUUACCACCUCGAUGGCAACCUUGAUCAGGCAGAGAACAUUCUCAGUACCUACGAAAAGUCAGUCACGACUCCCCCGCCAAAAUCUGACUUCGAAAACUCCGAGGCACUCCUUUACAAGAACACCAUCAUUGCUGAGAGGGGCCAUUUUGAGCGGGCCCUGGAUCACCUGGAGAAGGAGUGCAAAAACUGCCUUGACCGGUUGGCUGUGAUGGAACUUCGGGCCAUUUAUUUGUCACGGUUGGGCAGGAAGGCGGAUGCUGCGAAGGCGUACCGCGCGCUGUUGGAUCGGAACUCAGAGCACCCUGACUACUACCGGGGACUGAUUGCCGCACUGGACAUUCCAUCAACCGACGAGGCGGCUCUGAAGGCCGUGUAUGAUGAAUACGCGGCCAAGAACCCCCGUUGCGAUGCGGCCAAGCGUCUUCCCCUAGACUUUUUGUCCGGCGACUCCUUCCGCACCACCGCCAAGGCGUAUUUGACGCUGAUGUUCAACAAAGGUGUCCCCUCAACUUUUGCGAACCUUAAGCAUCUGUACUCAAACGAGUUCAAAAAGGAGACACUACCGGCUCUUGCUGAGGAGUACCUGAAGGAACACAGCGGGGAUGAACAAGUUAACGGGGAUAGUUCCAAGGGGCAAGGGGCGGCUCUUUAUUUCCUCGGCCAACACUACAACUACUAUUUGUCUCGAGACCUCGACAAGGCUGCCGAGUUUGUCGACGAGGCGAUCAAACUGGACCCUAAGAACGUCGACUUUCAUAUGACCAAGGCCAGAAUUUUCAAGCACCGGGGUGACAUUGCGAAGGCGUCGGAGGCGAUGGACCAUGCGCGAUCGCUUGACACAAGAGACCGUUACAUCAACUCUAAGGCCGCCAAGUACCAGCUCCGCAACAACGAUAACGAGAAGGCACUAGAGACCAUGGGGCUUUUCACCCGAGCCGAGACGGUCGGCGGUCCUUUGGCCGAUCUGACCGACAUGCAGUGCAUCUGGUUUUUGACGGAGGAUGGCGAGGCAUGGCAACGGCGUGGGGACAUCGGUUUAGCGCUCAAGCGCUACCACACCAUCUUCAAUAUUUUUGACAUUUGGCAGGAGGAUCAGUUUGAUUUCCACAGCUUCUCACUGCGUAAGGGGCAAAUCCGGGCGUACAUUGAUCUUGUCCGCUGGGAGGAUCAGUUGCGAGACCACCCGUUCUACUUCCGCGCCGCCCUGGAUGCCGUCAACCUCUACCUGUCGAUGCACGACAAGCCCCAACACGGCGCAAACGGCGUUAGCGAUACCAACGGGGAGGAUACCGCGGAAAAGAAGAAGGCAGCCAAGAAGGCCCGCAAGGAGGCCCAAAAAGCCGAGCGAGAGGCGGCCGAGAAGGCAGCGAAGCAAGACCCCAACAAGGGCGGCGCCCAGAAAAGCAAGGACAGUGAGGAGGCCAAGAAGAAAGAUGACGACCCGAAUGGUGUGAAGCUUGCGGCCACGACGGACCCUCUCAGCGAUUCGAUGAAAUUCUUGGGGCACCUACUCCAAUUUAGUCCGAAGAACAUUGAAGGCCAGCUCGCUGGGUUCGAGGUCUAUAUUCGCAGGGGAAAGCACUUUCUCGCGCUGCGCUGUCUUAAGGCGGCCAUCGCUCUGGACGAAAGCCACCCCCGUAUCGCCGAGCAGGCCGCCCGGCUUCGUACGGCCCUCGAGAAUGCCCUUGGUUCUCUACCGACCAAGGCGAAGGAUGUGAUUGAGGCAGAGCUGGCGUCCUUGCCCGGGGCUUAG